GAGUUUGACUCUCACUAAGUGGUUUAUGGGAUUUUUAGUUUUCAUUUACCCAAGAAAAUGAGAAGGGGAAAAAAAUUCAAAGAAGUAUUUGGUGUGGAAAAACAAAAGACAUUCAAAACCUCCUCAGCUGGCCAGGAGGGAUCCCUUUGAGGUGACAGAUGUGUUAAGGGGAACAAGAAGUGUCCAGCUGCGGGAGCGGGGCUGAGCCAGGCACCUGGGAUGUGGCAGUGGUUUCAGGAAGGGAGCACUGGGGGGUGAUGCUUGGGACCAUCCCGGCUCCCAAGGUUUGGUGUGCACUGCCAUGGGGUGUUCAGGGGGAACCUUGGAGGUUCAGGAGGUGGGCACCUUGGCUGUCGAUGAGGUUUGCCCUGUCUGUCACCCUUUGUGGGUCGUCCUCGAGCUGCCCAGUGAGGAGGACACGGAGAUUUUGUGGUCUCUCACCCGUCCGAUGGCAGCCCUGGUGUCUCGCUGUGUGGGGUGCAGGCGUGCCGAUGGGUGCCGUUCAGCAUGGGGGGCCACAGUGUGGGGUCUGUGCCUGGUCCAAGGGACGAAGCCACAGCUCAGUGGCAUUUCAGCACUUUCCCAGGUUGUGUAAAUGCAUUGGCUGCCUGAGUUUCCCCUUGGUUUUCGCCCUGUUGUAAAGCACAGAGAUCUUGUCAUCUUCAGCUUUCAGUUCGCUGGGCUUUCGUCUUUUUUUCCCCCCUUUUUUCUUCGAGCAACUUGACUGAGGAUCAUUCAGAGGAGCAGAGGUGCCAGGAGGCAGUACGAGAAGGAAGGGGACUGGCAUGUUCGUCCUCAGAGGAUCGGGGACGGUAGCAAUGCUCACGUGGGUGAGAGUGAAGCUGUGAUUUGGAAAAGGGCCACAGGGACCCCGCUCUGUGCCUGCUCUGGAGACCAGCUGUCCCCGGGAAUGAGCCACCAGCAGUCAGGUCACAGCUCCUGCCCAGGUCUCCCACCAAAAAAGCCCAAAGUAGCUGAAUAAAUGAUCGCUGUGUUCAGCACCAAGUGCCAAAGAACCUGUUGCCAAGGCUGGAAUUUCUCACUUGAUCCGAUUAACCUUUGUGUCUGUGCAAACAACCACAUGUGUGUCACCAGCCGAACACAUGCCGGCAGCUUCUGCCAGGUCUUCUUGGAGCAUCGGGGCUGCGUGUGAUGCACAGUGCCCGAUCCCACAUGGAAAGUCCCCAGGGUCACCUCAGAAAGGACUGCUGGACCCUCGUGUCGAUAACAUGGCCAGCGAUCACAGGAGAUGCUUCUCUGACCUCCACCAUCCCUCUGGGCACAAGGACAGGCGGGAUGAGUCUGGCAAUGAGUAAAGCAAUGCCAUCGUCAUCUCCUGGGAGGAACUGGGGGUGACGAGUCAAAUCUGUGUUUUAAAAAACCCACGUGUGUGGAAGAGGAGCGUUGAGCAAAGGUGAAGAAGGCACCAAGGGGCACCUCCCUUAGUCACGAUGUGGGUGCCUGGCUGAACAUCAGCGUCACAUCCCAACCAAGGUCUCAAGGCUGUGAUGGUCCAAGGAGUCAUCUCCCAAGGGCCUGAUGCUCUCAUUACGGAGGCUUGGAGGACUCCUCUCCCCAGGUGCCAUCUUCCACAGCCCCUAUCCUCAACUGAGUCCUUGCUUGUGCAGUCAGGAGGGGAGGAAGGUGCUUUGAAACCACCUGGGAGCAGAGCCAGCCACACCGUGGGCUUCAUCCUGGCACCACCAAAGCGGAGGGGUGUCCUGCUGCCCGCUUCCGUCAGGAGCAAGAUUGGGCCUUCUGCGAUAAUUCCUGAUGUUCAUUAUUUAUAGAGAAGCCAAAUUGAAUUAUUAAUACGGAAAAUUCAGAUAACAUUAACAAUUCUCAGUUUAUAACAGUUUCCCAUUAAUAAGGAAAAUUGGAAAUUUAUCACUACAUCUGUUCAUUAAAACUCACUAUUUUUUUCCUUUCUUUUGGUGUCUUAAAUGAAAGCAGAGAAAUAAACGAAGGGGAAAAGCCAUUUAUUCGCUACUUCUCUGGGCAAAGUCAGCCCAUAAUUUUUAAUAAAGUCUUUGCCGUUAUACGCGGAGGGGAAAGCAGCCUAUAAUGAAAGCAGCUUUUCAGCCAUGUCUGUGGCGUUGCUCGACCGUGGAACAAAUCCUCGGAAACACAUCCCGUUUCUUCUCUUUGUGGGAACCUUUAAGCUGCAGGAUAGUUUUCUCAUUUCCCUCCCUCCCCAGCAGCUCUCCUUGCUUUCAGCAUGUGUUGCUCCCGGCUCCGAGGAGUGAAUUUUAACGCCUCCCCUGCUUCUUUCAGAGAUGGCGGAUUCCUAUGCCUGUAAAGGUGGAAGGAAAACUGCAGGCUCUAACAAACCCGCUGCCAGCAAAGAAAGCAGGACGGAGACGAGGAUAAACCCGCCGGCAGAGCUGCCCAAGCUCGGAAAUGCAACCAGUGACAAAACCGAAGGCAGAAAGAAAGGACGACCCAAGGCUGAGAACCAGGCACUGAAAGACAUCCCUCUCCCCCUGAUGAACCAGUGGAAGGACGAAUUCAAAGCCCACUCCAGGGUGAAAUGUCCCAAUUCAGGCUGCUGGCUGGAGUUCCCCAGCAUCUAUGGCUUGAAGUACCACUAUCAGCGCUGCCAAGGGGGUGCGAUCUCAGAGAAGCUGACGUAUUCGUGCUCGUACUGCGAAGCUGCCUUCACCUCCAAAACCCAGCUCGAAAAGCAUCGGCUCUGGAAUCACUUGGACCGGCCAGUGCCAACCAGCAAAGCGGAAAACAAAGUGCCAAAGGCCAUUGGGAAGAGUAGUGGCAAGAAAAGAGCUGCUGAGAGUUCAGCUUGCCCCACCAUCCAUCCCAAACAGGCAAAGACGGAAAAAGCCGUGGCCCAGGACCACGCCGAGAACGGCGAGUGCCCGGCGGAGAGCCGGGAGAGCAAGGAGUUUCAGAUCGCAGCGGCCGAGGCCAUGGCAGCCGCCACCCCCACGGCAAAAUCCUCCAGUGGCAAGGACACCGUGCAGCAGGGGGGCAGCCAGGCCUCCCUGCAGGAGGAAGACCCCGAGAGGAUGAAGCACAGAAGGAAACAGAAAACUCCUAAGAAAUUUACCGGGGAGCAGCCGUCCAUCUCGGGGACGUUUGGACUGAAAGGUCUCGUCAAAGCAGAGGACAAAGCAAAAGCCCAUCGAGCCAAGAAGCUGGAGGGGAGCACCAACACGGAGGAGCUGAAAAAGAAACCCCCAGGAGCUGGUGUGAAGAAGGAAACGGCUGCGCAUCCACCGGCAGCAAACCCUGAGGACCAGUGGCAGCGAGAGAUCAGCGAGAAGGGAGAAGUCUCCUGUCCAACCUGCAGCGUUAUCACCAGGAAAACUGUUGUGGGGCUCAAAAAGCACAUGGACGUCUGCCAGAAACUGCAGGAUGCCUUGAAGUGUCAGCACUGCAAAAAACAGUUCAAGUCCAAAGCUGGGCUGAAUUACCACACCAUGGCUGAACACGUCAGCAAGCCUGUUCCUGUGGAAACCGCUGGACUUGGUGAACAGGAAGAGCGGGAAAGGCUGAGGAAAGUGCUAAAGCAGAUGGGAAAACUGAAAUGCCCCAAUGAGGGCUGCGUGGCCAACUUCUCCAGCCUGAUGGGCUACCAGUACCACCAGAAGCGGUGUGGGAAGCAGCUCGCUGAGGCUGACAAGCCUGUCUUCAGCUGCCCACACUGCGCCAAGAAGUACAAAUCCAAGGCUGGUCAUGAUUACCACGUGCGGUCAGAGCACACGGCCUCCGUGAGCCCCCCGGAUGCUUCCGCAGCCCGAGGAGCAGGGCCAUCCCCCCCGGGGAGUGACAGCGGAGCUGCAGAGCCCGUGGGCAGGACAGAGCCAGGCAGGGCCGUGCCAGGCAAGCCGCCGGAGGAGCCAGAGGUGAAGCCAGAGCCUGGCCCCAUAGAAGAUUUUGAAAGGACCCCGAGCGGCCGCAUCCGUCGGACGUCAGCCCAAGUAGCCGUUUUCCACCUUCAGGAGAUCGCAGAGGACGAGCUCGCCAGGGAUUGGACCAAGCGGAGGAUGAAGGAUGACCUGGUGCCUGAAACAAAGCGGCUCAAUUACACCCGUCCGGGGCUUCCAAAGCUCAAUCCCAGGCUGCUGGAAAACUGGAAGAAUGAAGUGAAGGAGAAGGGCCGCAUCAACUGUCCCAACAACUGCUGUGAAGCCAUUUACUCCAGCGUCUCGGGGCUGAAAGCUCACCUGGCCAACUGCAACAAGGGGGACCACUCGGUGGGCAAGUACCGCUGCCUCCUGUGCCAGAAGGAGUUCAGCUCCGAAAGCGGGGUCAAGUACCACAUCAUCAAGGCUCACUCGGAGAACUGGUUCCGAACCUCCGCAGAGGCCAGCCGGAAAAAGAAAAGCAGGGAACAGCUUUCUUCUAGCAAAGAGGAGAAAAAGAAAAGCACAAACGGGAAGAAAAGGGGAAGGAAACCCAAGGAGAGGCCUCCGGAACCGUCCCUGAAGGGCAGAGAGAACGUGGCAGCAAAGACUAAUCACAAGAAAACGCUCGAGCACUGGGAAGGCUCCCGAGGCAGCCCCGACGGGGACGAGCGUGUCCCCAAGCCCCCGAGCCAGCGCAAGGGGGGAGCCAGCAAGAUGCCCGAGAAAUGAGCAGCUCAGAGACUCGUCUCCGAGGAUUCGUUUACAGCCCAGGGUAACAGGGUGGGGGGUCUCUCCCAGUUUUCUGUGCCCC